CCGCCGCCGCCGCCGCCGGCGUCCUAGGGAACACCGUUUCCCACACGGAGCUGCUGGAGAAAGCCCUGGAGCUGCUGCAGGACAGGAUUCGGAACGGCGACCAGCUGGCCCGCUUCCUAAGGGGGCAGCUCUACUUUGAAGAGGGUUGGUACGAAGAGGCCCUGGAGCAGUUUGAAGAAAUCAAGGAGAAGGACCAUCAGGCCAUCUACCAGCUGGGCGUCAUGUACUACGACGGCCUGGGGACACAGCCAGACACUAAGAAAGGGGUGGCGUUCAUGAAGCAGAUCGUGACCUCCCGCUGCCCCAAAGCCGGGCACCUCCGCUUCGCCGCCGCCUACAACCUGGGCCGCGCUCACUACGAAGGCCAGGGCGCGCCGCGCUCGGACACUGAGGCGGAGAGGCUCUGGCUUUUUGCCGCCGACAACGGGAACCCCAAAGCCAGCGUGAAGGCCCAGAGCAUCCUAGGGGUUUACUACUCCACCAAGGAGCCGAAGGAGCUGGGAAAGGCCUUUUUCUGGCACUCGGAAGCCUGCGGCAACGGCAGCCUGGAGUCCCAGGGGGCACUGGGGGUCAUGUACCUCUACGGCCAGGCCGUGACAAGGGACGCCGAGGCCGCCCUGGAGUGUCUACACCAAGCCGCCCAACGGGGCAACGUCUACGCCCAGGCCCACCUGGUGGAAUACUACUACCGGAACAAGCUCUACACCAAAGCGGCCUCGUUUUCCAAAAGGGUGGCGGAUUACAGCAACAUCCCCCGGAUCGCGGCGCUCACGGACUGCCUCCCCACCUACAUCGCCAAGGGCAUGGCCAUCGCCGCCUUCUACCACGCCCGCUGCCUGCACCUCGGCCUGGGGCUCAACAAAGAUGAGGUCGCCGCUCGACGCUACUACUCCAGGGCCUGCGAGCUGGACCCCGCCACGGCCGCCGAGCUUCACGCAGAGGUGAUAGAGCAGAGAAUUUAGAGUGAAAUAAAGGGCCGCCAAGUUCCGCAGCUCCUUCCUGCAACAACGCAAGCCCUACCCUCGUUCCUGGAAACUGACAACUUGCCGCCAUCUGACGCCAUCCUCAAUCUCUUCAGACCUCUGGAGGGAGAAUACUCCCUCAGCCUCCUCGUCUCGGGGGCCGCACACGAGGGAACGAGCAGGGAGGAAGCAAUGCCUCUGGGAUUCAAAUUGAUGGUCCUGUCUCCGCAGCCAGGCCAUCUUCCUCCAUCCCAAACCGCCAACCUGCCGGAAACGGGCCCCCAGGUCGCCGGCUCUCGAUCCCCGGAGCCGCCCGGGGCUGCUCAGGCCGACGAAGAGCAACGCGUGGCGUUCGGGCUGGGCCCGGUGCCCGCGCUAUGGCCGAGUCCAGGCGGUCACCGUUACUGCCGCCGCGGCCCAUCACCCCCUUAGGGCUCGGCUCCCAGCGCUUCUGGCAUCUCUCCUCAGCCACGGUCACAGGGAGGGCUGUUCGCCGUUACCUCGGAUCCCACUGGCUAAAACUAAGAACCGCCGUGAUCAGUCCCUGGGGUAGCCACUACUAUGGGUUGGGGGGUAAGAAAGGGAGAGAGGACAACUGGAGGAGUCGGGUGAGGGGAUGAGGGGGAUCACAGCAACUGCACCCUGCGCGUGAUCACGGG